AUGUCUGAUUCACUUUCAAUUCUAAAAGGAGAAAUAAAGCGUCUCGGCUUCGUUUUAAAUGAAAAAAUAAGUUUAUUUGGUUACUUCACCGGAAAUGAAAAGAAUCAGACUGACGCGUUAUCUCUCCUUGAUGACUGUGAUAGUGAUGAAGAAAAGCGUAAUUAUUUGAGAUCUCUAGUCUCCCUACCUGAACAAUAUAUAGAGGAAAUUAGGGUUUUGAGGUAUGAGUUAUUCCUUUCUAAAACGGACAAUACAAGAAAGUCUUCCUCUGUGUACAAUUAUGUGAAAGAACAUGGAGACGUACAAACUUGGGAAAUAAUGGAGGAUAAGGAUAUUUAUAUAGAGCUAGAGCUUGGUCGCAGAGUAUUUGCUAAACACCUUGAUGCUCCUAUACAAGGAUCAAAUGAAAUCACGGUAAAUCAGCCAUUUUGCAAGAAUGUUGUGAAUGAAAUCGUAAAUACGUUGUACUUAGGAGCUGAGCUGCUUGUACUCGGAGAUUAUAGUGGCAGAGAAGAAGAUAAAAUUUACGCUGAUAUCAUAAUUGGCCAUACCAAUUACUGCCGAGAAUUGACAAAUAGCCCACCUGAUUUAUCAAAAGGCUUGGGUUGGGAAGUCAAGAAUGAUUUAACUAAUAAUACAAAAGUAAAGGAAGGGAAAGGUCAACUAAUAAAAUAUGCCAGGAAAUACCUUACAGCAAAAAGUCCUCAAUCAGACGUUUUCUAUGGAUGUUUAACUGAUGGGAAACUUUGGAAAUUUACGAAAAUCCAAUUAUUAAUAGAUGAUAAUGGUACCCCAAAAAUGAAAUUACAUCUCAUCUUGGAACUGGAAGAGUGUAUAGUUUUUUUGGCACAAGUACAUGAUUAUGAAAUAAAGGAUACUGUUUUGAAGAUUGAAGUUCGCAAAGACACUGAAAUUUCUCAAGUUUACCAUGAAAUAUCAGCGUUGCAAGCACUAGGUGAUCUUUCUUGCAUUCCCAAAAUUCUCUUCGAAGGUUAUACAAGGGAAGGAUACCUGGCUUUACUAACCGAUUUUGCGGGGCAACUUCUGGAAUCAUGGAUUUCUGAUAAUGGUAAUAUAGAUGAUUACACAAUUUUUCAAAUAAUUCUAGAUCUAUUAUCGUGCUUGGAGAAGAUACAUGCCAGUGGUUACACACAUGGAGACGUGGCCAUACGAAACGUUAUACAGAGAAAUGGCCAUUUCUAUCUUAUUGAUUUCGGCCUUGCAACUCUGUUGCAACUUUACUCCGAUCCAUGCCAAGCAAUUAUUCAGGACUACGGCAGAUUGUGUCAAAUAAUUGGAAUUAUCAAGUUUGGAAAGAAAAUGUCGUUGUUGAAACUAAUAGAUAAAUUGAAGGGAGAGCUGAGACUAUUUGUUGAGUCUGUCAGGAUGCAAGUAAGUGGAAAAUAA